AUGGAGAAGCCCCCCAAGAAGUCGUGGUCUCUGCGCCGGAAGCUCCUGGUCGUGGCCGCCAUCGCCAUCGUCGCAGUCGUGGCGCUGGCAGUGGGCCUGGGCGUCGGCCUCACACGCGGUGGCGGCAGCGACGACAAUGGUGGAGACGACAACGACCAGAACAACGGCGGCGGGGACGACACUGAUGGCGUGCCCAAGGAUGGACCCGACAGGGACGAAGCCUGGAAGCCAAAGGUCAGCGACUCGUGGCAGAUCAUCCUCAAGUACCCCCUCGACCUGCAGUCCAAGGACGACAUCAACCCGGACGUCGCCGUGUACGAUCUGGACCUCUACGACAAUGAUAUCGAGACCUUUCGCAUGCUGCAGGAUGCUGGAAAAAAGGUCAUCUGCUACUUUAGCGCCGGUUCAUGGGAGGACUGGCGCGACGACAAGAACGACUGGGACGAGGCCGACUUGGGCGACGAGCUCGACGGCUGGCCUGACGAACGCUGGGUCAACGUGUCGAGCUCUGGCGUCAGAGACAUCAUCAAGGGACGCAUCGAGCUGGCCUGGAGGAAGGGCUGUGAUGCCAUCGAUCCAGACAACGUGGAUGGCUACAACAACAAGAACGGCCUCGGUCUCACGGCGGACGACGCCAUUGACUUUAUGCGUUUCAUGGCCGAGGAGGCCAAGUCGCGCAAGAUGGCUAUUGGCCUCAAGAACGCGGGCGAGAUCAUCCCCGACGUGAUUGACUUUAUCGACUUUUCCGUCAGCGAGCAGUGCGUCGAGUACGCCGAGUGCGACACCUUUGCCGACUUUGUCGACGCCGACAAGCCCGUCUUCAACAUUGAGUAUCCCAGUGGCGCCCCCGACAAGGUGACCGCCAAGGUCUCUGGCGAGAUCUGCUCCACCAAGGGCAAUGCGACGGGCUCGGAGGGGUUCAGCAAAGUCAUCAAGAAGAUGGUACUCGAUGGCUGGGUGGAAUACUGCGAUGGCAAGACGUACACGUCCAAGGUGCAGGAUUGA